CGAACCAGUUGUGAACUGGAAUACACAACACAUGAACUAACACCUGCCCUGAGUCUCGCUGUGAAAAAUUACGAAAGAAUUCGGCUGUUCAUCACUCCCAAGACCAACAAACUUUUUUGCAAACGAACAAUGGCAUCGAUCUGUGGACGCAUGGCGCUUCGUGUCGCCGCACGCCAAAAUGUAACAUACCACUCCGUGCGUACCUGCAAAAUGAUGAACGAUCCGUUGGAGCAUGCCACGGGCAUUGAGAAGCGCGAGCUGCUACUCAAAGCUGCCGGCGACGACAAUCCCUUCGACAUGAAGGUGUUCAAGCGCGGUGCCGGCACCAAGGAGAACCCCAAUCUGAUUCCAUCGGCCUUCGAUGCACGCAUUGUCGGUUGCAUCUGCGAAGAGGAUCAGACCUACGUGCAAUGGAUGUGGCUGCAGAAGGGCAACCAGAAGCGUUGUGAGUGUGGACACUGGUUCAAGCUGGUCGAGAAGGCAGCUGUUUAAAGUUAUUAUUAAUUAACUAAAUAAAAUAAUUAAUAACAAGAA